CUGAGCUGUCAACGCAGCAAGCCCUCUGCUCAGCCUGUCUGUUGCGACAACGGUUUUCUUUUAAACUUAGCCCUUCUUUCACUUCAACGACGUUUUCCUUCAGAUAACAGCAGCUCUCUUCUCAUUAUGACUCGAAGGUGAUCUUCAGAGUGUCCAGGUGGUUCUGGGGUUCCAGGUUGGUGUGGUGAGAGAGCAAGCUAUUUGCAGGGAGGAGGACCGCCUGGGGCAUCUUGUCCUUGGCUCGCAAGUAACAAAGGCACGGGCUUGGCAAACUGUUCUGCAGCAUGGAGAAGGAAGACCUGAAAGUCCUCAACAAAGGGGAAGAAGAGGAGAUGGAGCUGCAGGGCUACCGUCUAUGUCGUUGGCGGCUGGCGCUGGUGGGCCUCGGGGUGCUGUGUACGGGGGGCUUCCUCCUCCUGCUGCUCUACUGGAUGCCAGAGUGGUGCGUCAAAUCCACCUGCAUCCGUACCACAGCCCGUGAUGCUGAAGUGGUGUUGCUGCGCUCCACGGAUGAGUUCCGGCGCUGGUUCCUGGCCAGGGUUCGAGUGAUGCUGGCCCCAGGGAGCAACCCCUUCCACAGCCUGGACACCCAGACCACCUCCCCUUCCUCCCCCUCCACCCCUUCCUCCCCUUCCACUCCCUCCCAUCCCUUCUCCUCUCCUGUCUCCCCUCCUCUGGCCAACGGACAUACCCCCCAUCCCUCCGAUGGCAGCCCCGCUCAGGAGCUCAUCCAUAGAUUUGCAGACUACCAGCCCAUACAGAUUCGCUAUUUUACCUUCCAUAGCACAAAGUAUUAUUGGAACGACGAAGUGCAGAACUUUGAAGUUUUAAACGGCCUGGAGGAUCUGCAAGUCAGCUGCUCCACUCUCCAUACGGAGCACAGUGCAGGCCUGUCCAGGAACCAGCAAGAGUACAGGAGACUGUUCUUCGGAGUGAAUGAAAUUGCAGUGAAAGUGCCUUCUGUUUUCAAGCUGCUUAUCAAAGAGGUCCUCAACCCUUUCUACAUCUUCCAGCUCUUCAGUGUGAUCCUGUGGAGUGCCGAUGAGUAUUACUACUAUGCUGUGGCCAUCGUUUUCAUGUCAGUUAUAUCCAUAGCUACCUCUCUGUACACCAUCAAAAAGCAAUACGUCAUGCUUCACGACAUGGUGGCAGCUCACAGUAUUGUUCGUGUGUCUGUAUGCCGAGCCAACAAGGAUAUCGAUGAGAUCUUGUCCACUGACCUUGUGCCUGGUGAUGUGAUGAUCAUCCCCAGCAAUGGGACCAUCAUGCCAUGUGAUGCUGUGCUGGUCAGCGGCACCUGCAUCGUCAAUGAAAGCAUGCUCACAGGUGAGAGCGUUCCUGUGACAAAGACCAGCCUCCCUAACCCAACACCAGGGGAGAGAGAAGAGGAGGUGGGCAGUGCCUACAACACAGAGGAUUACAAGAGACACACACUAUUCUGUGGCACCAACGUCAUCCAGACCCGUUUCUACACAGGAGAACUGGUUAAAGCUGUGGUGGUCCGCACAGGUUUCAGCACAGCCAAAGGCCAGCUGGUGCGCUCCAUCCUUUACCCAAAACCCACCGACUUCAAGCUGUACCGCGAUGCCUACCUCUUCCUGCUGUGUCUGGUGGCUGUGGCUGGAAUAGGCUUUGUCUACUCCAUUGUCCUCAGCAUCAUGAACAAGGUGCCAGCUAAGACCAUCAUCAUUGAGUCCCUGGACAUUAUCACUAUCACUGUGCCACCGGCGCUGCCAGCCGCAAUGACUGCUGGCAUUGUGUACGCUCAGCGACGCCUCAAAGACAUCGGUAUUUUCUGUAUCAGUCCACAGAGGAUCAAUAUCUGUGGACAAAUCAAUCUGGUCUGCUUUGACAAGACUGGAACUCUGACAGAAGAUGGAUUAGAUCUGUGGGGAAUCCAGAGGGUUGAAAAUGGGAGUUUCCACUUGUCAGAGGAAAAUGCCUAUAAGGAAAAUCUUGUCAAGUCCCAGUUUGUGGCCUGUAUGGCCACCUGCCACUCUCUCACUAAAAUAGAUGGCCAGCUGUCUGGAGACCCACUAGACCUAAAAAUGUUUGAGGCUACAGGCUGGAUUCUGGAGGAGGCCACUGAGGAGGAAACAUCCCUCCACAACCGUAUCAUGCCCACUGUAGUUCGACCCCCAAAACAGCUGUUGCCACAAGAGCCUGCAACCUCACCUGAGCAGGACGUGGAGUUAUAUGAAAUCUCGUCAGCGUAUGAGAUCGGUAUUGUACGUCAGUUCCCCUUUUCCUCAGCACUCCAGAGGAUGAGUGUGGUGGCUCGUCUGCUGGGAGAGAAACGUAUGGAUGCCUAUGUAAAGGGAGCUCCAGAGGUGGUGGCCAGUCUCUGCAGGAAAGAGACAGUGCCAGAAGACUUUGCAGAGAUUUUGGAGGGCUACACCAAGCAAGGUUUCAGGGUCAUAGCUCUGGCUCAUCGUCGACUUGAAUCCAAACUCACCUGGCACAAAGUCCAGAAUGUCAACAGGGAUCACAUUGAAUCAAACAUGGAGUUUCUGGGUCUGAUCAUUAUGCAGAACAAGCUGAAGGCAGAAACCCCAGGGGUGCUGCAAGACCUCCACCGUGCACACAUUCGCACCGUCAUGGUUACUGGUGACAACAUGCUGACAGCCAUCUCUGUGGCCCGGGACUGUGGGAUGAUCCCUCCCCAGGACACUGUCAUUAUUGCUGAUGCCCUCCCUCCACAUAACGGUCAAGCUGCCAAGAUCACAUGGAGAUACGCUGACAAACCAACCAAGAUAUCCCGCCUGGAGGAAGUGACAAUCAGUCUGGAAGAUAACUUCCACAUUGAUGAGCAAAAACCACAAGAGCUGUACCACUUUGCAAUGAAUGGAAAAUCCUUUGCUGUCAUCGAGGAACAUUUCCCUGACAUGCUUCAAAAGCUGGUGCUUCAUGGGACAGUGUUUGCCAGAAUGGCCCCAGAUCAGAAAACCCAGCUAAUUGAGGUGCUGCAGGGUGUAGACUACUUUGUUGGGAUGUGUGGAGAUGGAGCAAAUGAUUGUGGGGCUCUUAAAAGAGCUCAUGGUGGAAUCUCUCUGUCAGAGCUUGAGGCAUCUGUAGCUUCCCCCUUCACCUCCAGGACUCCCAACAUCUCCUGUGUGCCCAGCCUUAUCAGGGAGGGUCGUGCUGCUCUCAUCACCUCCUUCUGUGUGUUCAAAUUCAUGGCGCUCUACAGCAUCAUCCAGUACAUCAGUGUUACUCUCCUCUACUCUAUCCUCAGUAACCUUGGAGAUUUCCAGUUCCUCUUUAUUGAUAUUGCCAUCAUCCUCCUUAUUGUCUUUACCAUGAGUUUAAACCCAGCGUGGAAAGAACUGGUGUCUCGUCGCCCUCCAUCAGGUCUGAUCUCAGGGCCUCUGCUGUUCUCUGUGCUGACCCAGAUCCUCAUCUGCUUGGGCUUCCAGACCAUCACAUUCCUCUGGGUCCGACACCAGCCCUGGUACACAGUCUGGACUCCACAUACAGAUGUAUGCAACCAGUCUUCAUACAUCAAUGAGUCUGACCACAACGAUACAGAAUUGGACGACCACAACAUCCAAAACUUUGAGAACACCAGCCUCUUCUAUGUGUCCUGCUUCCAGUAUCUCAUAGUCGCCAUUGUUUUCUCAAAGGGGAAACCUUUCAGGCAGCCGAGCUACAAGAACUGGCCUUUUGUGGUAUCUGCUGCCAGUUUGUAUGUUUUCCUACUGUUCAUCAUGUUCUUCCCAGUCAGAAGCAUUGAUGAGUUUUUAGAGAUUGUUUGUGUUCCAUUUGAAUGGAGACUAAGACUCUUUCUCAUCGUCUUAGUGAAUGCUGCCGCAUCUGUUUUGAUGGAGACCUUCAUCCUUGACAUCGUCUUAUGGAAGCUUGUGUUCAGCCGAGACAAACAGGGCAGCUUUGUCGACACUCCUGCCGCCCCGACACCACAGAGGAGCAUAAACCUGGGGACGCACAAAUGUCUGUCCUGGCUGUGCUGUCCACACAAGAUGGCACCCAAAGCCCGCUACAUGCAUCUGGCCCAGGAGCUAAGUGUGGACCCUGACUGGCCUCCAAAGCCAACUACCACAACUGAAGCCAAGCCCCGCCCAGAAAAUGGCUCCACCUAUCACAUCAUGGUCAACUCCUAGCACCCCCAAAGCCCCUCCCAGUCUUUAAUUUCUCCCAUAAAUGUGUUCAGUGAACGCACAUUAAAUCCCUCAAAGGUAAAUGGUUGAGACUCUCAUCUCAAACUGUAGAUCUAGAGAUUUUACUGCUAAAAUAUAACACAGAAGCACCAAAUAAAGCUGAGUUUAAGUCCUCUCAGCACUCUGGCUUACACAUUCAUGUACUCUCAGGUCUCUCUAGCUCAUCUAUGGUCAUUUUAACAUUAAGUAAAAGUAGGACCCCUUCCUUUCUGUCUGGAACUGAAUAAAACACAGGAUCAAUGGAAAGCUGAUCAGCCAGCUCUUAUAUGUUGACUUCUUUAGAUUACCUUUUCUGAUUUAGAUUCUUUAAAGGGUAAAGGAGUGCAAGAGUGAGCCCUCUUCCCAGUCCAUUAAAGCCUUUUCCUGACAUAUAUGUGAUGGCACACUUGCCAAGGAGGAUGUCAAGUAAUUGCAUUGAUUCUGUAACUACAAUAAUAAGGCAGCCAAACUAAGGAACCAUUGUACUAGAUGUCAAUUUAAGGUGCAGUUAAAAAAUCACUUAAAAACAAUACAUUAAGAGGCAUGCGCUGACUAAAAUGACAGGUAACAGAAGUAGUAUUGUGAAAAGUGACUUUAAGAGUUGAAAGUGGUUAAGUGGUGAAGCUGAAGGUGGUUGGACUGAGUCAGAUACAUAUAGUUGACUUUGAGUGCUACCAUGUAGCUGUCUUAUACAGAUCACGUACAUUUAGAAGUACAAAACCCUUUUCAUGAGUCAGCAUCACCACUUUGCAAGCACUCAUUAGAGGGAAUAGAUUCAUAACCCCAAAAAUAACUUAUAUUAGACCUUGAAAAUGCUCCCCAGAAACCAGUAUUCACUUAUUUUUUCAAGCAUGCUGCCAAUGUAGCCAGGUCUAAUGGCUAAAGUUGUUUUUCUGCAGAGCCCCAGGUAAAAUAUGCUAAUCUAAAGACAUUACACAAUUGGUAAACAACAAAACGAGGACCAUAAAAAUUGUAGCUGUGGCUGCAUUUUUUUUUUCAGACAAAACAUACCAUCAACAACAACAACAACACCAAAACACAGUAAGACAUCGCCAGACAUAAAGAAAAAAAAAAUCAAAAUUACAGGUUACAAUACUAGUUACAUGGGGAUUUUAACACAUUAUUCCAAAACUAUAACAUAAUCAGAGCUAUAGUAAAGGAGUGGUACAUGAACUCCAAUGAUGUGAAUAUGCCUAAGGCAGACCACCAGGGGUGCUAUUUAUUCUUCCAAGUAUAGUUUCCAUUUAACCCAUCUUUUAAUGUGUAAGUCAUUUCACAGUCUCAAUAAGAAAGUCAACCUUUCUAACUCAUGAAUUUCUUUAAUAAUUUCAACCCAAUUAUCUGCUGUGGGGGGAUCUAUCUGUAACCAGCCUUUUUUGCUGCUGCUGUAAAUAUUUUCCACUGUGGUUGCAUUUUCAAUCUUAAGUUACAUGAAAGAUGAUAAAUUUUUCAUAAUGUCUUGCAAAAAAUGGUGGACGAAAAGGAAAGGAGACUUUUUCAGCGUCAGGCUGGGACCCGUGGAAGGAUGUCCACUGUUUUUGUCAGUUCUCAUAGUUUAGCUUUAGGCUUUUUACAAAGAGAAUGUUAAGUUUUAAAAAGUAAAAUACAAAAAAAGACAUUGAGAACAGAAACAAAUCAGCUUUUAAUGACAUGUUAGCAUAGCAAAUGUUUGGGUUUGUUACAAACUGAAAUGUGUUGAUUACUGUUUCAUGUAUUGCUGUGAGACUCAGACAUCCAUGGUCCAGGUAUUUCAUGUCCUUCCACCACCUGCUCAACGCCUGUUUAUUUUUAAACAGGAUGCCUUUAAAUCUAAUAACUGAAUUUUCACCAACCUAAGCUGUGCUUUCAUAUUACUGCUAUGAUUGCAUGUAGAUAUUUAAUGUUACUUCAUAACUCUGGUAGGACAGGGAACAUUAUGGCUUUUCCUCUAGCACUCCCUCCAGGCCAAACCUUUUUCCCAGAUUGAUGAAGAUUUAAGAACGUCAAACUUGACUCGUCUUAGGCUUUUCUUUUGGACCCAUGAUGUAGAAUCUAAUAUUUUUGAACAUAAGAGCCAUGACCUGUCCGCAAACUAUGACUUCAGAAUGCUUACUAUGACUUGCAUGAAGCCAGCUCCCUUAUUAUCAUAUUCUGAAGACUUGAUGGUUUAAAUCCUUGAAAUAUCACUACAGAUGCAGCAUAACUGUAGACUUUAGAAACAUUCACAUCAACAUCUCCGUAUUUAAAAGAAAACUGCAGAAGAAACUGCAUGAAUAUGGCUGGUUACUGUAGAAAGUUAACCACAUGCAUGACAUCAUAUACAUCAGUACGUCUAUAAAGUCAUGUAAGAUUAGCUUUAGAAAGCCAACAGUAGUACUAAUGUCCUUUUUUUAGAAGAAAAAUUCUUCCCAUGGAAGACUGAUAAAGGCGUUUAUGCAUCUCAUUAGCUCGCUGCUCUUCGCACAUUUAAAAUAUCCAUGCAGCACAAGCUGCAUAUGAUAGAUGGACCAUAUAUAAUUGUAUUCUUGCAUUUAACAGAGGCUAUCUGCGUAGCCAAGGGCUAUGUUUUAUGUUCAAUGCUCCCCCUUUUUAUUUAAAGUGCUGCCACACAGAAGCUAUCUUUAAAGAUCAACCACUUGCUUCAUCAGACUUUAAGAUGGCUUAAAAAGAUUGUAGCUUCAUCUUAAAACUAUAAAAAUGUCUUCUGAUCUGAUAAAGAGGCAGUUGGCACUAAAUGAGUGAAUUAAGAUGUCCUUCACUUUAAGUUAUGUUUUUUAGCCAUAAUUGAUCAGUUAAAAUAAUACCGAGUCAUUCACUAAGUGAUGACGACAGGAGACCUCUUUACAGCCACCAUGUUAGCUAUCAGAGACUGUGUUUAGUUCUCAAAGAGGCCGAACAGUGACUCCACGCACAGUGCCGGUUUGCCCAUACUCAUAGCAGCCUUCCUUCCAUAAAUUGUAUGGAUUAAUGUCAUUGGUUUCAACUACUUAAGUAUCCAGUAGUACACCAAUUCAGACACGUGUCCAACUAAAAGUAAAGUUGCUCUUACUCCUUAACAGAAUAAGACAAUAUAUUUGUCAAAAAUCUGGUAGAACACUGGAUUAAAUGUCACUUCAUCAUGUAUAACACAUUUAGCUUGUCUAUUGAUUAUCAGUUAUUAUCAUAGAGGAUAAAUCAUAACACAUUUCCAAACAGUCUGAUGUUGCUUAGUUCUAAGAAGCCAUUAAUAGCUGAAAUAAUUGUAAUAGAUUUACAAAUCCAUUCUUUUAUAACAAGCUCAAAUGUGAUCUGUAACCAUACUUUGAAUGAAUACAUUGUUUAUGUUCAAAGCAAAGUAUAUUGUUAGAGUAUUUUUCUGGUAAAUUAUCAGUGUAUCGAAGAAAAUAUGUUUGAGUAAAGUGAUUUUAAAUGCAUAAUGUGGCUCAAGUUGACCCAGUGUGCCAAUUUGUGAAAGGAUUUGGAGACACUGUCAAAGAAGUAUCUGAUUAACCUUUUUUAUUUUAUUUGAUAUCAACUAUCGUACUGGUGUGAGUGAGCCUGCGUCACUUUACUGUUUUGUGACCUACUGAGGCUAGAAUUGAAUGUUGAAGAACAAAAUUUGUUGAUUUAUUGCAAGGCAAUACAAUGUGUAUUGAAUCUAUUUCCAAAGAGUUUUCGUUGCAUAUGUAUUUAAAAAAAAAAAGUAUGGAAAAAGUUUAAUUUAGCCUGUGUUAAUUCUGUCAGAUAAGAUUUGAUUCAGUAGAAAGUGACUUUAACAAUGAUAGUUACUGUAGAGAUUGGACUUUAUCUGUAUAUAUGGGAUUUGCAUUUCUAAUGUGUGCAUAGGAGUCAGAAGAUUUAGUUAUAAAAAUGUAUGUUUUUUGGAUUAUCAAAGGGCUGGUGUGUGUUUUCUACUAUUUUGGUACUGUGUUACAAUCAGUUGUAUGUCUACUUUUGUUUUUGUUAUGUCUGUUGGGUUUAUUUGUACCUUCACUUUUAAAACUUAUUAUCUUUGGGCAUUUAUUACACAAUAUGAGUCAGAUAUUGUGAAGUAUGAUUGGGGCACAUGAAUCAAUGUUUGUUCUGUCUCAGAUGAAUGCAACAAGCACCUGCAGUCAAAUUAGAGGAAACUUAAACUCAAACCAUCCUGAAUGGAAAGAUUAUUUUUUUCUUCAGGUCACUAAAGUCGAUUCUCUCUUCUGCUUACUUGUUGCUUCUUUUCAGUCUCAGUGCUUUUACACAAGAAGGGAAUUUGUGUCAUUAAGUCUUGUUGCGUCCUCUCAACAGAUUCACAAUUUGAGCAACAUCAGACAAUCAUGUUACUUUUCUGUCUAGUCACUAAAUGUACUUAUUUCACUAUCUAAAAUCUUUUCUAUCCAUGUAAAAUGAAAAUGUAAUUGGCAAAAAGAAUGUGCAUUGCUGCUCGAUAUCAGCAGGCUGUUGAAAUGAUUUUAUUGCUGCUAUGGGCAAAAUGAUUCAGUCUUAGCUGUGUCAUAAACGUGCACCUUGAUACAGAAAAUUCAUCAAUUUAAUGAUGUGCAAAGUGUAAAUACUACUACUGCUUUUCUUCAACGCUUCAGCUUUGCCUUUUAAUCUGACACAGCUACGUCAAAGCUAGGAUUUUAUGCUGAAACCUCUUUGCUCUUCUCCAGGUACAACAUAUACCGACUGUUGACAGUUAGCAUCGGCCUCUUAUUCACAUCAUGUACUUUUAAAACACCAUCAAAUGGCAUUUAGAUUGAGUCAGCCACUGAGUAUUUGAAGCCUCAUGUGGAUGCUGUUUCCUCAGGGAAAUGUGUCUAUUUGUAAUGAAAAGAGAAAAUAAUAAAAGUUGAUACCCAAGCUGAAUGAAAAUGUACUGUUGGUAAAACUUCAUCACAGUCCAUCUGUAUGUCAGCUCUUUCAGUGCGUUUUUUUGGUGUGGUUUUUGUUUGUAGCUCCCACACCUCAGCAAGGGGCUUGUCUGGAGUAUUAUUAUUGGCAGAAUUGUACUUUUUUUUUUUUUUUUUUUUGAAAAUUUUGUACCUUAUAAUUUAUUUUUAUUUAUUUUAUUUUCUCUUUUCCCUGAGGAUUGUAUUUUAGAUUUUUCUUGAUUUCUUUCUUUUCAAUAAAUGUUCUCAAAAUUG